CUCCGCAACGGACAGGAUUUAUACCUUGUGUGGACAGCGAUACAACCAUGGUGCACGAACGCUGGACUCACCACUUCGACUACCUCACCACACUGCUGGGCUACAGCAUCGGCGCCGGCACCUUCCUCAAGUUCCCCUACCUGUCAAUGCGAAAUGGCGGAGGGGCUUUCCUGAUCCCAUUUCUUAUAUUCACCGUCAUCGGGGCAAUUCCAUGUGUAUUCCUGGAGAUGGUGAUCGGCCAGUUCUCCCAGAGUGGGCCAGUUGAAGUCUGGAACGUGUGUCCGCCGUUUAAAGGUAUUGGUCUGGGGACGGUGUUCAUUUCCUGGACCUAUGCAACUUACAACGCUUCCAUCUUCGCCUGGUAUCUGUAUUACUUCGUACAUUCCUUUGCCGCUAAUCUCCCCUGGGCCCACUGCAACAACGACUGGAACACCGACCGGUGUAUAUCACCCAGAGGCUUCGGCAAUACAUCAUCAAGCAACAUCACUACCUACUUCGACAACGUCACUACCUACUCCGACAACCUCACUCCCUACACCGACAACCUCACUACCUACUCCGACAACCUCACUGCUGUAUCGUCGGCUGCAACUCUGUAUUCUACAAAUGGUUCAGUAGUUGGAGUAACUGCUGCAGAGGAAUUCUGGAGAUACAAGGUGCUGGAGAUAACGAGCGGGCUAGACCACCUCGGCGGUAUCCGGUGGCCAUUAGCCGGCUUCCUCGCAGUCGCCAUCGUUGCAGCCUUUUUCAGCGUCUUGUGGGGGAUCAAAGUGUCGGGGAAGAUUGUGUACAUCACUGUCAGCGUCCCCUACAUCCUCAACACCGUUUUCCUCAUCCGGGGAUGCCUUCUUCCUGGAUCAGCUGAGGGGAUCUAUUAUUAUAUAUAUCCCGACUUCGAGAAGCUAUUAUACCCAAGAGUCUGGCUGGAGGCCUGUGCAUAUUCCCUAUUUUCAAUGGGAAUUGGCAUGGGCUGUAUCAUAACGAUGUCAGGCCACAACAAAUUUAACAAUAACUGCCUCAGGGACUCCAUAGUAAUGUGUCUCGUGGACGCCGUCAGCUGCAUCUACGUCGGCUUCUCCGUGUUUGCGAUUAUCGGCCACGUAGCCCACCAGCGGGGCCUGACCGUGGAGGACUUCCAGUCAUCAGGGUUCAAUCUCGCUUUCAUUGUGUUCCCGGAAGUAGUGUCUGCACUUCCUCUUCCGCAACUGUGGUCGGCCUUAACCUUCAUAAUGCUGGUUUUACUGCUCAUCGAUACACUGAUACCUACAUAUGAGAUGGUAGUGACCGCCCUGACGGACAGAGUACCUGCCCUAGCACGGAGACGUUGGUUGGCCACUGUGCUGGUUCUGGCAGCUUCUGGACUUGUGUCACUGGUGUAUGUAUCACAGGGGGGAAUCUAUGUGAUCACGCUGGUGGACUGGUACGCUACAUUCCCAUCUCUGGCCCUGUUCGCAACCAUGGAGUGCAUCGCCAUUAGCUGGUGUUACGGCACAAAGCGACUUGAAGAUGACAUAGCCAACAUGUGGGGUCGCACCAUUCCUCGACACAUCAGCUUCUGCUUGAGAUACAUUUCCCCACCGCUCCUUCUGGCUGUGUUCGGCUUCUCGCUGUACUCCUACCGACCUCCACGUUACGGGGAGUAUACGUUCCCUGACUGGGCGACGGGUCUUGGCUGGAUCAUCUCGUUUGCCUCCAUUCUCCCUUUCCCAAUCUUGUUUAUAUGGACGGUGUAUCAAACUCAUGGCGACACAAUAAAAGAGAAACUCCAAAACGCUCUCAAGCCAAGCCUAAAGUGGGGUUGUCAGGACCAGGUUGCUAGCGACGGUCAAGAUGUCCUCCAGACAAUGAUGAGCACCAAAAUGUAACCUCUCCCACCCUGCAUCACACACCUCCCCGAUCCCUGUCUCACACACCUCCCCCCAUCCCUGUAUCACCCCCCACUCCCCUGUAUCACACACCUCCCCCACCCCUGUAUCACACCCCAUCCCUGUAUCACACACCUCCCCCACCCCUGUA